AUCAAAUUAUAAGCGUGAGCGUGUUAAAUAAAGGAACUGAGCAGGCGCUGCAGCACAUGCAGGCAGACAUCGUGAGAUCCACCAUGCUCAUGUUCAGUCUCUCUCUCAGUGUGGGUGUGGUGUUGGUGAGCGUGUGUCGUUGUCUCCCUCUCGCCGGAUGGAUUCAGUCUCCUGGUUAUCCACAAGGAUACGACUCGGACCUACAUAAAACGUGGAGACGGUGUGCACCGCCAGGUUACAUCCUCUCGCUCACACUGCUGCACCUGGACCUGGAGAACAGCUACGAGUGUGAGAACGAUGCCCUGAAGAUUUCUGAAGAUCAGAACCUCCUUGCUACCUUGUGUGGCACGGUGACCCCAGAGGAGCUGCAGGCGUCUGUUAAUCCCUCACUCCACUCGUCCUCAGGAGGCUGUCUCUCUCUCACCUUCCAGUCUGAUUACUCCAACCCGGAGAGACACGCAGGAUUCAAAGCGUUUUACACCACAAAGGAUGUUGAUGAGUGCUGGGAGAAUGAUGUGUCUUGUUCUCAUUUCUGUCAUAAUUACAUCGGAGGCUACAGCUGCAGCUGCAAACCAGGUUACUACCUUGAUGAAGAUCAACACGAAUGCCGUGCUAACUGUACAGAAGACCGCCAUGGAGCCGGAGUGUUAACUCCGCCUGGAAGUCCCGGGCCCUACUUUGAGAACGCCGAUUGUGUCGUCAAUCUCUCUGUCGAUGAAGGGAAUCAGCUCGAGUUGAUAUUCACUGGAGUGUUUGAUGUGGAAAGCAGAGAUGGAAAAUGCAUCGACUUUGUAGAAAUUAAGACAGACACUGUGACCUUUGGGCCAUUUUGUGGGACAGACAGACCUUCCGAAAUCCUCACCUCAGCCCAGCAUGUUCAAGUCAUCUUCCAUUCGGACCCGGAAGGAACCAAUCAAGGCUUCUCUCUCGUGUACAAACCGAAAGGAAUGGAAUGUUCUGGAAAAGUGACGCCCCACUCCCUGGUGUUUCCCGUGAAGGAUUGGUACGCAGUGGGCGAAUCGGUCACUGUACGCUGUGUGACUGGAUACACACUGUCUGACCUCGCUGAAACAUUUACGUCCACGUGUCAGCUUAACGGGAAGUGGAGUCCCAUACAAACCUGUGAACUGGUGGAUUGUGGAAUUCCUGAGCUUCCAGAUCUCCUGGUCCUGACAGAGAAAGAUCCAGACACUUCAUACCAGCAGAAAAUCAGCGUGAAGUGCCCUGAAGUGUUCUACAAACUGGAUGGAAAUGAACAUUUCACCUGCGAUGCGGCUGGAGAAUGGGUCGCGCAAAACGGACAGACGUUUUCACAACAUCCACCACAGUGUGUCCCAGUAUGUGGCCUAAGUAAAGAAUCAGCUACUGAAAGAAUUUUUGGAGGGAAAGACGCCACACUGGGACAAAUUCCUUGGCAGCUCCUGGUUAAAGAACCUCAGAGAGGAGGUGCGUCUCUGAUUAACGACCGAUGGGCCGUCACGGCCGCUCACGUGGUGGAAAACCAUCCGUUGCUGUUCUUCCUUGGCGGGAUGAUCGACGCCAGGGACAAAAACCCAGUCAGAAUGCAAACUGAGAAGAUCAUAAUUCACCCUGGCUAUAAACAACCAAACUUCGAUAACGACAUCGCCUUGGUGAAGAUGUCUUCUCGGGUCCCUCUCAGCGAAAAGAUCAGACCCGUGUGUCUCCCAGAGAUGAAAACUAACGGAUCGGCGAUGGAGGAUAUUCCUGGGACGGUCUCGGGGUUUGGUGCGACCUCAGAGAAGAAAAUGCGAAGUCAAUAUCUGCAAUACGGUCAAGUGAGAGAGUAUUCGGGGACUUGUUUCGAAACCCAUCUGAAGGUCACUGACAACAUGUUUUGUGCUGGAGAUGUCGAGAAAGGUGUGGACAGCUGUAAAGGAGACAGCGGGGGUCCGCUCAUCAUUCCCAUGUUGGGGUUUGGAUCUCCUGACACACCUUACCGCCUCACGGGGAUUGUGUCCUGGGGUCCGAGCACAUGUGGAGACACAACGUAUCGAGGUUACUAUACCAAAGUGGAGAAUUACCUGGACUGGAUUCGAGAAACUUUGGAGAAAAAUUAACGCUCCACUCAACAAGCUCCUUCCAUCAUCCAAAAAAUACGUCAAGACGUGAUCUGUGGUUGAUUUGUUCACGUCGUGCUAAUGUGACUGCACUGUAUACACACCACUGUGCAGGUUUAAGAUCAACUCUGUCUCCUUCAUUUCUAAAUCAAAUACCUGUUGCUUGUAAAUCUGAUGAGUUCAGGCUGAAUAAAGCAUUUCAUACUA